GGGGGGUCUGUUCUUCUCAGCUGUACCCUGACCAGGAAUUCAAGCAAAUAGCACAGUCCCUGCCUCAAAGGAGAAAUUGGCAGCCAAGGAAGGAGACUGUUUUGAGUCCUGGUAGGAGCAGAGAUGGAGAAGAGCGUGAAGAUGGAAGAGCAAAGCUUUGCUGGCCCUGAGGCAGGAAACAUCCAGGAAGGCAGCAGUUCAGAGCCCUGGGAAGGAAGAGUGCAGCAGGACCAGCCUGGGAGCAACACCUGCUCAGACACGGAGCGCCAGGGCUUCAGGGACUUCUGCUACCAGGAGGCCAUGGGGCCCCGAGAGGUUUGCAGCCAACUCCACCACCUUUGCCGCCAGUGGCUGAAGCUAGAAAGGAACACGAAAGCUGAGAUGCUGGACCUGGUGGUCCUGGAGCAGUUCCUGGCUGUCCUGACCCCGGAGGUGGAGAGUUGGGUCAGAGAGUGUGGAGCAGAGACCAGUUCCCAGGCGGUGGCCCUGGCAGAAGGCUUCCUCCUGAGCCAGGCAGAGGACCAAGAGCAGGUCCAGGGGAUGUUGGCCUAAGUGCCCACAGAUUUCCCUGAGGCAGAGAAGGAUCCACCGGGAACCACACAGAGGCCGCUGGACAGGUGGAUCUUGCAGGAGGGUGACGGAGGACCCUCCUCACUGGGGAACAGAAAAAACUGCAGAGAAACUGAACUGAUCCUGGGCGAUCCUUCUGGGCCUCGUUCCCUUGGUGGUGGAGUGGAAGCGGUUUCUGCACAGCCUGGGCAGGGUCUGGUGACCUUUGAGGAGGUGGCCGUGCAUUUCUCAGAGGAGGAGUGGGCUCUGCUGGAUCUAGGCCAGAGGACUCUGCACAAAGAAGUCAUGGAGGAGAAUCGUGGGAUCCUGGCCU